GGGACGGGAAACACGCAUCGGUCUCGCGGAUAUACCCCUCCGACGACGCGUGUGUGUUGCCGCGCGAUGAAUCAGGCCGCGCCAGUGUCGUGUAUUCCUGCGGGGAAGAUGUCAAAGGCGAAGAAGGUGCUGGACGAGGCGCGGGAGAUCCAGAAUCCCGAGCUGGAUCUCGCGGAUAAGGGCAUCGGGACGUUCGAGGAGAUGCCGGGAUUGCUGAACAUGAUCAAUGUAACGAGGCUGACGUUAAGUCACAAUAAGAUUCAAGCGGUGCCACCGGGUCUCGCAAAUCUGGUCAACCUGGAAAUUUUGAAUCUCUUCAACAAUCACAUCACCGAGCUGCCCAUCUCGCUGUCGCAAAUGCCGAAGUUGCGGAUCCUCAACGUCGGAAUGAACCGAUUGGAUGUGCUUCCCCGCGGCUUCGGCGCGUUUCCGGUCCUAGAGGUGUUGGAUCUCACGUACAACAAUCUCAGCGAGAAGAAUCUGCCCGGCAACUUCUUCAUGAUGGAGACCCUAAGAGCUCUCUAUUUGGCCGAUAACGAUUUCGAGUACUUGCCGCCCGAAAUCGGCCAGCUGAAGAAUCUCCAAAUUCUCGUGCUGAGGGAGAAUGAUCUGGUCGAGUUGCCGAAAGAGAUUGGGGAGCUGACUCGUCUCAGGGAGUUGCAUAUCCAGGGCAAUCGUUUGACGGUGCUGCCGCCCGAAAUAGGGAACUUGGAUCUGGUGGGUAACAAGGCGGUGUUCCGGAUGGAGUUCAACCCGUGGGUCACCCCAAUCGGCGACCAGCUGCAAGUGGGCAUAUCUCACGUUAUGGACUACAUCCGGUCGGAAACUUAUCGAUACGUGUACAGUCGACACCAAAACGCCAAAGGACCGCCACCGCCCAUCGAGAACGACAAGAGCAAGAAAAUUUCGCGCGCACGUUGAUGCGCCACGUAUAUGCUGUGUGUGUUCGGUCACGUAUUAAUCAAAUAUAUUAUCUCGAAUAAUAACAUAAUAGUCUCGAAUGAAGAUACUAUUUUCGCAAG